GCCUGGCAUGUUUUCUUAUUCAUAUGUCUUAUUCAUAUGUCUCUUGCUGUUGCUGUGGAUGAGGUUUUUGUCCUCAGUAGAUCUGUGAGAAGCAACUAGCUUUGUCUCCCCCUCCUCCGCCCCCCACUUUUGUCUCUAGGCUGGUAAUUGCAGUGCUUCUGGCCAGGACUUCUGUUGACCACUCUUCAGGGAUGGCAGCCAUCAACCCAUGGACCUCCUGGGGUGCCCCCGUGAACCAGUCCUGGGGGGUGGCAGCUGCUGAUCCAUGGGCCUCCUGGGCUCUGUGUCCUCAGGCUCCAGCAUGGCACAUGGUGGGAAGCCCUGAAGAAGGGAGAAGAGCAGCUGGGCUCCCCUCAGCCCAGGUUCAGGAACCAGUGACGUUCAAGGAUGUGGCUGUGGCCUUCACCCAGGAAGAAUGGGGGCAGCUGGACCUUGUUCAGAGGACCCUAUAUCGUGAUGUGAUGCUAGAGACCUAUGGGCACCUGCUCUCUGUGGGCAAUCAGAUUGCCAAGCCCAAGGUCAUCUCCCUGUUGGAGCAAGGAGAAGAGCCCUGGUCACUGGAGCAAGCCUGUCCUCAGAGUACUUGUCCAGAGUGGGUGAGAAAUCUUGAAAGCAAAGCAUUAACUCCAGCACAGAAUAUUAUCAAGGAAGAACAGUCACUUGGCAUGAAGUUAGAAAGAUACAUAUGUGGUGAUCCUUGGUUCUCCAGGUUAGGUGUUUUUGGAUGUAAAGACCAAUUAGAAAUGUACCGCAUGAACCAAAGUACAGCAAGGAAGCAAAUGGUUUUCAUGCAAAAACAAGUACUGUCUCAAAGAGGUCCUGAAUUCUGUGAAUUUGGGACAGAGUAUACCCAGAAUUUAAAUUUGGUUCCAUCUCAGAGGGUUUCUCAGUUAGAACAUUUUUACAAACCAGAUGCCUGUAUUGAAAGUUGGAGCUGUAACUCUGCCAUAAUGUAUGCAGAUAAAGUUACUUGUGAAAAUAAUACUUAUGAUAAAGCCUUUUGCCAGGCUAUUCAACCUGUUCACCCUGCAAGAAUGGAAACUGGAGAUAAUCUUUUAAAAUGUACUGAUGCUGUUAAGUCUUUCAAUCAUAUAAUACAUUUUGGUGAUCAUAAAGAAGUACAUGCAGGAGAAAAACUGUAUGAAUAUAAGGAAUGCCACAAAAUAUUUAACCAGAGCCCAUCACUUAAUGAACAUCCAAGACUUCAAAUUGGAGAAGACCAGUAUGAUUACAAAGAAUAUGAGAAUAUCUUUUACUUUUCAUCCUUUAUGGAACAUCAAAAAAUUGGAACUGUAGAAAAUACAUAUAAAUACAAUGAGUGGGAGAAAGUCUUUGGGUAUGACUCAUUCCUUACUCAACAUACAAGUACAUACAAUGUAGAGAAACCUUAUGAGUAUAAUGAAUGUGGAACAUCUUUCAUCUGGAGCUCUUACCUUAUUCAACAUAAAAAAUCUCAUACUGGAGAUAAACCCUAUGAAUGUGAUAAAUGUGGAAAAGUUUUUAGGAAUCGUUCAGCCCUUACUAAACAUGAACGAACUCACACUGGAAUAAAACCCUAUGAAUGUAACAAAUGUGGGAAAACCUUCAGCUGGAACUCUCAUCUUAUUGUACACACAAGAAUUCAUACAGGAGAAAAACCUUACGUAUGUAAUGAAUGUGGGAAAUCUUUCAACUGGAAUUCCCAUCUUAUUGGACAUCAGAGAACUCAUACUGGAGAGAAACCUUUUGAGUGUACUGAAUGUGGGAAGUCUUUCAGCUGGAGCUCACAUCUUAUUGCACACAUGAGAAUGCAUACUGGAGAGAAACCCUUUAAAUGUGAUGAAUGUGAAAAAGCUUUUAGGGAUUAUUCGGCCCUUAGUAAACAUGAAAGAACUCACUCUGGAGCAAAACCGUAUAAAUGUACCGAGUGUGGAAAGUCCUUCAGUUGGAGCUCCCAUCUUAUUGCUCACCAGAGAACUCACACUGGUGAGAAACCCUAUAACUGUCAGGAAUGUGGGAAAGCUUUCAGGGAACGGUCAGCCCUCACUAAGCAUGAAAUUAUUCAUUCUGGCAUUAAGCCCUAUGAAUGUAAUAAAUGUGGAAAAUCCUGUAGUCAAAUGGCUCACCUUGUUAGACAUCAAAGGACACAUACUGGAGAAAAACCCUAUGAAUGUAAUAAAUGUGGGAAAUCCUUCAGUCAGAGCUGUCACCUUGUUGCUCACCGGAGAAUCCAUACUGGUGAGAAACCCUAUAAAUGUAAUCAGUGUGAAAGAUCUUUUAACUGUAGCUCUCACCUUAUUGCACACCGGAGAACUCAUACUGGAGAGAAACCAUAUAGAUGUAAUGAGUGUGGGAAAGCAUUUAAUGAGAGUUCUUCUCUGAUUGUACACCUGAGAAACCAUACUGGAGAAAAACCUUACAAAUGUAAUCAUUGUGAGAAAGCAUUCUGUAAGAAUUCUUCCCUGAUUAUUCAUCAGAGAAUGCAUAGUGGAGAGAAGCACUUUAUAUGUAAUCAGUGUGGAAGAGCAUUUAGUGGCCAUUCAGCCCUACUUCAACACCAGAGAAAUCACAGUGAAGAGAAACUUUAACUGAACUGAUCAGAGGCAUUAUUUCUUUUAUGUUUGAUAACACAUUGCAAAAAAAACCACAACAAACUUGUAACCAAGAGGGAUGUUUUUUCAUUAUUAACUUAAUGUCUUCUGUUUUUAUUACUCAUCAGGAAAUAUAUCUUUUUAGAAACUUUAUGAAUUAAAAGGUUAGGGAAAUCUUUCAGCAGUAAUGUAGCUCUUAUUCAACAUCAGGUAAUUAUAUAGAAGAAAGCUCUAAAUAUUUCCUAUGGUUCCACAUGGGGUCUUUACUUGAACUUGACUAGGGGAUGAGGCAUCUUCUAGAAAGACCUCUUGUUUUUAGGUCAGUAUACAUCAUGAAAGGUCAAGCCCUAUGCUAAGGAUACUUUUUUGAGAGGGAAUACAGUUUUUCAUCUAGCUGAAAUAUUGGAUGGAAAGCUUUACAUUUUUGCAUAAUUAUAGAAAGAUAGAUUUUGCCCAAUGUAGGGUCUAGUUGCUCUUCUUAAGGGAUAUUGUGUGGAAUGAAUUUAAGAAGAAAGUAGUCUAGUACUAAGUGGGAUAUUUACUGUUGAUCAAAAUUAACCUCAUUAGAUAAGAAUAGAAUAUGUGAUUACUAAUGAUGGUGGCAGUGUUGUUGCCUAGAAGCAGGAGACUUAUUUGGAACAAAAAGUGGUACUGAAUCCAAUGUGUUGGUGUCCAUUGUUACUUAACAUUGGGUAGGUAGUUUUUAAUUGUUCUAGGUAAUCAACGUAAGUUAUAACUGUGGACCCUGCAUAACAUGAAGGAAUAAACAGAACACUGAGUUGUAUCAACACCUCUACCAUAACAGAUCUAAAAACCAAUGUAUAUGGAUAAGGACCUGUUAGCUAGAUCUAUGGAGAAAUUAACCCAAAUAAUUUAAGGGUUUUUUUUUUCUUGGUUUGUUUUACAAAGACACAUAGCACUUACUCCAUGCUAGUCUUUAUUUUAAUUGUUUUUUAAAAAUAUUAAUUCGUUCAAUCCACUUACUUAAUUCUACAAGAUAAGCACUGUUAUGGAGAAAGAACUAUCCAGUGACCACAACUAGUAAGUUGUGGAGUUAAUUGUUUGACCCAGAGAUUGUGUUUUAACCACUUUGCUGUUGUUGCUCUCUCUCUCUAAUGUUUUUCUUUAAUGUUUUUCCUCUUACUUUUGCUCAGUGUUUCUGUAGUAGAGUUUUGAUAAUAUUCAAGAAACACCUAAGUAUUAAAAAAUAAAGUAACCUUAUUCCUAUGUGUGAUAGUUCGAAUGUAUGUCUCCCAUAGGCCCAGAUGUUUUAAUCAACUUGGAACUUGGGUCUCUAGCAACUUGGCCAUAAGAGGUGUCACUGGGGACAGAUCCUGGAGUCUAGCCCUAAGGUGUCAUGGGGAGGUGGAUCUGAUUCCGGGCCAAAGGUGAGAGAGAGCAAGUCUUUGCUCUGGCAGGUUUGUGUGUGUGCUGAUGCUGGUGUUUGCUCACUGCUGUUUUUCUGGCUGUUUGGAUGUAUGGGAAGUAAGCAACUUCUUCAGCCACUGAUGGGACUUCUCCUAGGUCCCUGAGCUUGAACUAAAUCCCUUCUUCCCAUAAACUGUGUCUGGUUUGGAUGUUCAUCCCAGCAUUGUGGAACUGACAGUGACAGAAUUUGGUGCCACAAUUGAGGUUUUGCUGAGAUGAAUCUAAGCAUGUGGAUUUUGGUCCUUUGGAACUUGUGUGCUGGAGGAAUGUUUAUGAAUUUGGUACUUGAGACUGCGGAAGCUUCCCAGUGUGAUAAAUCAAAUUUUAUGAGCUAUUCUGGUGAGAGUUUGAAAAUGCCAAGUGUAGAGAGAAUGGUGUUGGCUUAUGAACUUUCAGAGGGGAAGAAAAGACAGCACAGAACUUUGUUGGAACUGGACUACUGGCAUAAGGGCUGGCAGUGUUCUUAUGCCCAAGCCCAGAGAGUUUGAUCAUGGUUGAAUUUAAAAUUCAAACAGAUUUAAUGUUAGUGGCACAGAGACAGGUUUUAGGUUACUGAAGCUGCUACUGCCAAGCACAUUGCUACCAGUAAGGUGGGCAACUGCUUAUAUUGAAACAAUGGAAAGAUGCCUGAGAUUAUUCCCACAUAGGAAAGACUGAAUGAGUAGGAAAGCAAACUUUUGAAAGGUGACUGAAAAGAAGAUACCUGCUCUUUAAGGUUAUGAUUUAUUUCCUCCAUGUAUUAACAAAAUGUCUGUGUCACUGCACACCUGGCAUUGGUUUUGAAAGCAUGAAAAAUACAUGGAACCAAGACAUGAAGUGCACAUGUUCCAGGAGCCACUGCUGAGUGCAGCAGCAUAUUAAACAGGGUGAUGUACCUGUAUUGGAGACCAGUGAGGUCAUUGUAAGAUGCACUGGUUUGUAGCACAGACCCAAAGAUGUUUUGGAUGUACCAGAACUGUUCAAGGAUUACCAUGGAGCAGUGUUGGUUUGGGAUGAAAGUUUUCCCUGGCUUGUUAGCCCAUCUGGAAGGCUGGAAAUUGGAAUGUAAUCAAUCUCAUUAAAGAACCUUUAAUGAAUA